CUCUGAAAUACCCGGAUCAUGUCUAACAGGCACUACCCAACUGCCAUACAACGCCAACAGUUACCAAGCAAUUUCCCGAUUAAGUUCCAACAUGGCCGAAGCCUACCCUACACCUGAAUACAAGUGUUUGUUGUGCAUGAAGCCGUACAACCAGCCGAGGGAGCUACCGUGUAGCCAUAGUUUUUGCUGCCCUUGUCUGACGACAUAUAUCGAUAAAGAGCACAGGACUGCAGAUGAUGACCGUCACUACUUUCCAUGUCCAGUUUGUGACAAACCAACCAGCCCUAGUGACGUCAAUACGGAUGUAGACACCUGGGGGACCUCGUUUCCGAUAAACAAUCUCUUUAUCAACCCCACAACAAAGUCGUCAGAUGACCAGAACUGUCAGGCGUGUCGAAGGGUUGGGGAAUCCAACCCUGCUGUUGUCUGGUGCACUGGCUGCACUGAGAACCUCUGUAAAGAGUGCAGAGGUUUUCACGACCGAAACAAAAUGACAGCAAAACAUCGACUUGUUCCCAGCAAAGAUGGAGGAUUAUGUGAUACAACGGUAAACGAAAACUGUCCUAACCACGAAGGACAUUCGUUGGAGGAUUUCUGUCUUGAUCACAGCUCUAUGUGUUGUUGUAUAUGUGUGGCCAUUUCACACAAAAACUGCAACCAUAUCAAACCAAUAGAUGAUGUGAUCAAGACAACCUUUACUGGACAACCUGCACUCGAGACAGCAUGGCAGAUUAUCAAAGACGAGGCAACGACGAUGUUAGAGGACGAUGAGUCUGAGAUGACAUUCCUUAACACCAAAGAAAAGGAAGUAUCAGUGGAGAUGACGCGAAAAAUACAGCAAGCCAAAGACAAGCUUGAUGGUCUCAACACAACAUUUCAGUCGAAACUCGCGGAUCAGUGCAAAGUACCCAGACAACAGCUUUCUGCUCGAAUGGAAUGUGUCAAGAAAUUCCAAACAAAUGCAGAAAAUUCUAAUAUUCUAAUGACUCGUUUUGACAAGCAAGGUACGGAUCGUCAGCGAUUUGUUAUGAGAGAGAAAACGAAACAACAGGUAUCAGGACAUUACCGUCGUAUGGAUCAAGCCACCAAGAGGCAGCCUAACACGUUUGAACUGAAACUCAAUAUAGGAACUGUUAUUGACGACAUAAACAAGAUGACAACCAUUGGGAAUGUUGACGUGAUAUCGAAUAUAUCAUCGACCUCACAGAAUGCGGAUUCACGUAUCGGUUCCUUGCUUGGGACUCUGAUGUCAACACCUUCAGCUACAACAUUUGCCGACUCUACUUCAGCGUCCGACCUCCUCGAAUCUCCAACCAAAGGACCGGUGACAGUGGAUGUUUGGACUGGUUCCGUAUCCUGUGUACUCUCGGUCGCCAGACGUUCACUGGCAGGAAGACAGCCGACAAACUUGAGAGGAGGAAUGUUUACUGAUAACGGUGAAUUACUUGUCACAGAUUACGACAACUGCAGACUCGUGUUGUUUGAUGACAAGUAUCGCUACAAGGGAGAAUACAAAGUAGAAGGAAACCCAUAUGAUCUAACGCGUGGCCUUAAUACUGAUGAGAUACUUGUUAGUAUUGGAGACAGGGGAUUUUUGAGAUGUACACUACAGAACGGUCAGCUGACUCUAAUCGACAUAAACCUCGUAACAGCCGACGUCUAUGGAAUAGCAGUUCUCGGAGAUAACACCCUGCUUAGUACUGGUAAUAGUGUGAAAGUCGUGUCAUCAGAUGGAAUAAUGAAAAAGAAAAUACAGAUGAAGAGUAGACACGUCGGACACAUUGCUGCAUCUAUAUCUACGUCAACGUUUUACUACAGUGAUGGUGAUGACAUCGUGUGUAGACGACUAGACAGCGAUGAAGAAGACUAUAGAUACAGUGACCCUUGUCUGCGGGAUCCUAGAAGUAUCGGACUGGACCGUGAUAACAAUGUAUAUGUGUGUGCAUGUGACUCCACCAAUGUUUACAUUGUUUCACCUGACGGGUCACGUGGGAAGGUACUAGUUCCCAGUCUCUCUAGUAUCAGACGUUCACACGGGAUAAUUGUCCAUCCCACCAAACAGGAGUUCGUAGUCACAUCCUACAAGGAGACAACUUCACUUGAGGUGUACAGAUUCAGUGACAAUGCCGGUGUUGCUCAAUAAACUCAUUGGUGACAUUCUAAGUGGUGCUCGUUGUUACAAUGACACAACUAUCGUAAAUGACAGUUUAAACACAUCAAACCUCUUGUUAGAAAUUAAAUUAAGUAACCAAAAUGUAGGGUAUUUAUAUAUAUAUUACCCAUAUAAUUUAAUCUUGUAACAAACCUUUUCAUUGGCCUAAGAAUUUAUGUUAUCUGCAGGGCCCACUUGUAUAAAACAUCUCAAAGUUAAGGAAAAUCUCAAGCAAUGUAUUGUCUAUAG